AUGUCCAAUUUGAUGCAGAAACUCCUCAAGAACACUCCUUCUCUCAGAUUGAUCUCAUCCUUAAGCCACCAAAAUCUCCCAAAACCCUAUUUUCCUUCGAUUCCUCGAUCAACGGUUCACCCUGUUGAACAAAACCCAGAUCCUUUUAUCAAUCCGGUGAUCCUCGGAAACGCGGAACGCGACGAGUCUCUGAAGUUCUUCCCGAGUUUUCCAUUUGGUUACUCUCUGGAUCCAAUUUCAUUCCCCGUUUCGGGUGUGUCGGAGGUUACUGAGUCCGAGGACUCCGUGUCGGAAGAUUCAGGCACUAUUUAUGCUGAUAGCGUGAAGAAGAAGAGGAAGAAGAAGAUGAACAAACAUAAGUACAAUAAACUCAGGAAGCUUCUCCGGAGGAAGACCUAA